AUGUUCAAAUCGCUGAAAACAACCGUCCCGGACGUCGAAACCAAUAAAUCAGAAAACGAGCUCCAGCAGUUUCAACACACAACUACGUCCUCAGCAACUCCAAACCCACUUCCGGGUAUUAAACUGCCAAAAACGCAAAGCCAAUGGGCUGAGGCUAACGCAUAUUUUCAUCAGAAAUUUGUGGACUUAUGUGUUGUUGAGGAUAUUAACCAUUUUACCUCAACCUUCCAAAACACAAUCUACAACUACUUCGCCAAUACGUUUGGAACAGUUAAACCCAAAACAUCAACAAAUCAAAAUUCCGUCAUUAAACAACUCAAGAAGAAAUUGAAGAAUUUGAAAAUCCUUGGACGCAACAACAAUUCGUUCAACAAUGACAUAAUUGCUGUCAGCAAAUUGAUAAGGUCCAAGCUUCAUAACUCAAAGCGUCCAGGUAAAUCGGCUGAUCAAUCCGACGUUUCAAUUCAACUAUCAAAGAACUUUUGGAAAGCAUGUAAACAAAUUUUCUCGCCCACCACAACAACACCUCCAUCAUUCGAUGUUGAAAAAGGGUGCAAUUUCUUCUACAGCGCAAUGAAAGCCGAUGACAAAUGUAAUUACAACAUUCCGGACUGGAUCCCGUCUCUGCCGUUGCCCUCAUUCGGUGGUGAUGUCGGUCCUCCAACAUACGAAGAAGUUUCAAACAUUGUUCGUAGAACACUUGUUGAUCAAAGAGCAUGA